AUGCCUGGAUUCGCACCUCUCACUAGUCGCGGCAGUCAACAGUAUCGUUCUCUCACCGUUCCCGAGUUGACUCAACAGAUGUUCGAUGCGAAGAACAUGAUGGCUGCAUGCGAUCCACGACACGGACGAUAUCUCACAGUGGCUGCAAUAUUUCGAGGUCGUAUGUCCAUGAAGGAGGUUGAUGAGCAGAUGCUCAACGUGCAGAACAAGAACUCAAGCUAUUUUGUUGAAUGGAUCCCGAACAACGUGAAAACGGCAGUGUGUGACAUUCCACCACGAGGUCUGAAAAUGUCAGUCACUUUCAUAGGGAACAGUACAGCUAUUCAGGAGUUGUUCAAACGUGUUAGUGAACAAUUCACAGCCAUGUUCAGACGUAAAGCUUUCUUGCAUUGGUACACAGGUGAGGGUAUGGAUGAGAUGGAAUUUACAGAGGCAGAAUCAAAUAUGAACGAUCUCCUGUGCGAAUAUCAGCAAACUGAAGCUGCAACUGCUGAAGAAGAAAAGGAAUUUUAA